CUUAGUCAUUUUUUUAUCGUUAUCUUCCUCCUCCCAAAUUCCCUUUUUUGUAAAUUGGAUUUGAUUCUUCAGAAACAAAAUUCAGAGAAAUUUUCUUCAAUUAUUGUCUUUGUUAUCUGGUUUUCCUUUUCUUCUGAUUAUGAACGACCAACAACAACACUUUCAUUGGGAUAAUGUUUAUCAAGCACCAACAAAUAAACGAUCCUGUUUUACUAAGAGAAGAAAAUCAUAUUUGGCAAUUUCAAUGUAUUUCUAUAACAAAUUAGAUACAAUCAUCAACGAUGAUGAGAUUUUUCAGUGGCUCUGACACAACAACGAUAUUCGACUCUACCUAUGAUAUGAUCAUGGACCAGCCAAACAAAGAAGAUAAUGAGAGCUUGGAUGAUCCAGCUGAUGGAGGAGCUCUAGCCAUAUCUGAAGGUCCUAUGACUCGAGCCAGAAGCAAGCAACUCAAAGAAGUCAUUGGAGGAUUACUUAAGACAUCACUGAAGCAAGAAGAGAGUCUUGGAAGAAGCUUGAUCAACCAAGACACACUUGCCACAAUUCAAGCCAUCUCAGCUCCAAGAUAGACAUCAAAUGAGCAAGUAACAUAUGCUCUUGUCUCUCUCUGACGGCUGCAAGUCUUCUUGUAGAUCUGAGUGUUCUUGAGUAUUUGUUAAUGUGUCAUAUCUAACAAAACCACAAGAGUGAUUGUCUUCAUAUCCAAGGGAUUCACUUAGGAGUAUCAAUGAGACCUCUCACAUCUCUUUGUGUCACCAUUCAUUCCACAAACCUUGAAGCAGAUUGAGUCUUUGAUUCUCUGUUUGCAAGGAUCUAUCCCAUUCCAACCAGAGAAGCAUCCUAGGAGUGUAUUAUGUGGUAUCAGAGCAAAUCUCUGGAAGGAAGUUUCUAAACUCUCUAUUUCUAUUUUCAAUUUCAAAAUUUUCUUAUGAACCCUAGAUCUGAAAAAAAAAAAAAAAUUGAAAUUGUUCUAAUCUGUUUAGAUCUGUUCUGUUUGGGUUUGUGGUCGAAAUUCUCUGUCUAGAUUUGAAUCUGAUUCGAUUUGGGCUUGAAUAGGUUGAGUUUCUCUUGAUCUGUUUGAGUUUUUGGUCAAUCUGUUCUAGAUCUAAUCUCAGGUGGAGUAUCUGAUUAUUGUCUGAUUUAGGGCUUGUUAUUUUCAAUCUGAGUUCAAUAUUGAUAGAUCUGUUGUUCUGUGCUUUGAAUGUGAUAAAUCUGAGAAUUUUUAUUCUAGAUCUGUGCUGAAUCUGUUUCAUCUCUUGUUUGUUUUCCUUAUUUAAUUUUGAUUUCGAACUACUUACUGGCUUAGUCUUUCUCUUGUCUCAGGUACCAUGGCAGAAGAUCAAAAAGGAGAACUCACUAAGGAUGAAAAGCUUUUACUUAAGGCUAUGAGUGCUCAGAUGCAGGAGAAGAUGAAAGCCAGCCUUGAUAAAUUCCGGCAUGAGUUGAGACAGGAACUCCAACAAGCUACUGGUCAGAGUUUUGAGUCUAGAAGCAGUGAGAGGAGACAAAGACGUGGGCAUGAAGGCCGAAGCAAUCACAAAGAUAAAUUGGCUGAUCAAAAGCUAAAAAUCCCUCCUUUCUAUGGUGAUGCUGACCCUGCUGCAUACGUGGAGUGGGAAGAGAAGAUGGAGUUGAUUUCUAACUGUCAACACUAUGCUGAAAGAAAGAAGGUUCAAAUGGCUACUGCUGAGUUUUAUGGUUAUGCUUCAAGCUGGUGGAAUCAAUUGGUGUCAUCUAGGAGACACUAUGGAAAAGAACCAGUUACAACCUUGCUUAAAUUAAGGGCUUUGAUGCGUCAUAAGUAUGUUCCAAGACAGUACAACAAGGAAGUGCUUCGAAAACAGUCUGAAACAAAGCCAUGCUCUGCAAACUCAGUUCAGAAACAACAAGUCAGUAUAAGAUCAAUUCCAGCCAGUGUUAUUGGUUUACCUAGCAAAACAACAAGCUGGUUCAGUGAGGAGGACAUAAAGAAGCUGUCUCAAGUGGUGGUGGAUGUGGAAAAGCAACUCAAAAGGACCAACACAGCACGUCCAUCCAUUGAAACACAGCACCAAGAACCAGUUACUACUGUCCCAGAACUCAAAAAUGUAGAACUAGAGUCAGCUGCACCAAUUCAAGAAGUCCAAACCGAAACAUCUAUGGAGAAGGAAAAUUCUGAGACAGGACAAGAGUGUUCUCUUUUCUUACCUCAGUCUGAAUUUAAUUUUAAUAAUUCCUUUGAUGAACUAACUUGUCUUGAACCGGUGCAACCGAGUAGCAUUGUUUCAGUGUCACAGGUUGCAAAAGAAGAUUCAGCAGAAAGAGAACCAGAGCAAUCAACACAAGGAGAAAAGUUGGAACAGCCGAACAGCUUGCAGUCAAAUACAACUUCUGAAUCCUUGUCUUAUGACCUGCAAAAGCACUGUAAGGAGUUUAAUAUGGUUACUUCUGUGCCUGAAAUGUUUCUUAUGGUUAGUACUCAUGAUGUGAAACGUUUUGGUCUUGACAAAGUUAAAGAUUUUUGUGUUUCAAACUCUGUUUAUGACAGCAUGCUUAAAACUUUCAAAGAACUUGAACCAGAUAAACUUUUUGAUCAAAAAUAUUUUCAAUAUGGUAAUAAAAACUUUUCUGGUCAUGUUUUGAGUUUUGAACAAUUUAUGAAUCACCAUGAAAAGAUUUUCGAACCUGUUUUCAAGCCAACCGAGUUCUAUUUUAGAAAACCUUUUGCCUUGUUUGCUAGAACUGAAGAAAAUAGUUUUGUUGUGAACUUUCCUAGGCAUGAACUGAUCUCUGAUUAUUUUCUUGCACCCACAUAUGUUUUGAAAGAACCUAGGAAGUUGCAUGAACCGAAAUUGCAUCAUUCUGAUGUUAGGGUUGAAAUUGUGAAGUCUGCAAAUAUCUCUGAGUUUGAGCUUGACUGUUUGUGUGCUAAAAAUGAUUCUAAAUGUGUAGGGUUGUUCUUUGAGGAUAUUCUAGUGUAUAACACUUUCUUUGAAAAACCUGUUCCACAAUUGAAACUAGAGUUCACUGAUUCUGAAUAUAUGAACUUAAUCCUUGAUGAUAUUUGGGUCUGCAAUAUUUUCUUUGAUAUGCAUAAUAGAUGGAGGAAUCAUACUGUUUUGUGCUUUGGAGACAUUCUAGUCUACAACACUUUCUUUGACAUGAUAACACACUUGUCUUGUCCAAAACAAGCUGAAAAAGGUACAGGUAAAAAAAAGGGCUAUAAUGAUCAGAGAAUCAAUGAUGAGUCCUUGGCUAAGUUGGAGAUGCAACAAUCAAAUCUUGGAAAUUGUCCAGCCGCCAGCUUUGACAUAGGAGCAGUCCGAGGAUCAUAUCUCAGCAACCAGAAGGAAUUAAGCAACAAACUUGACUUCCAUGGAAACUUAACUCAUCAGGGGCUCACAGUGAAUUGGAAUCAUGUCCAAAGCUUCUCAGGAGAAAGAGUUAUGGGCUCUACAAGUCAGGUGAACCUGUGUUUGCUUUGUUUGAAUUUUUCUGAGUUUGUAACAUCUCAAUCCUAUCUAUGGCGACCAGGUGAGCAUGCUAAGGUAACUAAUCAUGUUUUCAAGAAUUCUUUUAUUGAUUACACAGAUAUGAUGCACUUGUUUUUGUCAAAAGAGCCAUGUGCAGAUUAUGAAGAAGCUUUGAAGCAUACAAGGAGAAAGAACAAGCGUGAGGAAGACAAGCGUUUCAAGCCACUUUAUGUGAACCUGGAGAGACAUCAGGACAUCACUUGCUUUAUCAUCAUCACAGAAGCACCUCCAGAUGCAGCCUACAAUCCAAAACCGAGCAGAAACAAAUUUGGGAUAAGACUCUUACUUUAUGACAACUUCGCAUGUGCUAACUUGUUUUGUUUCAGUGUGUGUGAAUCGGGUUUGGGGAAUGCAUCAGGAGUAUGAAGAGCCCAAUGUAUCAGUUCCUUCUACCAAACAAAUCCAGUCAGCAACAAUGCCUAUCAAAGAGGCUUGCAAGGUAAGUGUAAUCUGAUUAUCAACGUUAAUGUUACUGACUUGGCUACUUUUGUUGCAGAUGAGCUAGAUUUGAUGACAAAUCCUUUUCAAGAGGGAGGGGAUGAUAUGAUCAUGGACCAGCCAAACAAAGAAGAUAAUGAGAGCUUGGAUGAUCCAGCUGAUGGAGGAGCUCUAGCCAUAUCUGAAGGUCCUAUGACUCGAGCCAGAAGCAAGCAACUCAAAGAAGCCAUUGGAGGAUUACUUAAGACAUCACUGAAGCAAGAAGAGAGUCUUGGAAGAAGCUUGAUCAACCAAGACACACUUGCCACAAUUCAAGCCAUCUCAGCUCCAAGAUAGACAUCAAAUGAGCAAGUAACAUAUGUGUGCUCUUUUUCCCUAUCUUUGGUUUUGUCCCACUGGGUUUUCUAAAGAUAGGUUUUUAAUGAGGCCAUAUGUUGCUUUCCUAUCACUCAUUUGAUGAUCUCAGUUCAAGACUUUGUUUUAAUUAUUUAUCUUUGUUAACAUGAAGCAGAAUUAGGCUGCUAGACUUGAGAAUUAGGCUGCUAGACUUGAGAAUUAAGCUGCCAGACUUGAGAACCCUUAUAAGGUUUUAUAAGGUUUUUAUAAGGUUUUAUAAGGUUUAUUUUUAAGGCCCAUUUAGAGACCAAGGAGCCUGUUCCUUGACUUCUCUAUAAAUAUGUGUCUGAAAACCCUAAUAGAACUAUCCAAUCUUUUAUUUUCAGACUCUUGUCUCUCUCUGACGGCUGCAAGUCUUCUUGUAGAUCUGAGUGUUCUUGAGUCUUUGUUAGUGUGUCAUAUCUAACAAAACCACAAGAGUGAUUGUCUUGGUGUGUCAUAUCCAAGGGAUUCACUUAGGAGUAUCAAGGAGACCUCUCACAUCUCUUUGUGUCACCAUUCAUUCCACAAACCUUGAAGCAGAUUGAGUCUUUGAUUCUCUGUUUGCAAGGAUCUAUCCCAUUCCAACCAGAGAAGCAUCCUAGGAGUGUAUUAUUUGUCAUUAACACAGCCGUUUGAUCACUUUACUACCUUUUAUUUUGGACAGCCCAGAUUAUUUGUCAUUUAAGCUUAUUUCUUAUUUUCGUAGUCAUUUUUUUAUCGUUAUCUUCCUCCUCCCAAAUUCCCUUUUUUUGUAAAUUGGAUUUGAUUCUUCAGAAACAAAUUUCAGAGAAAUUUUCUUCAAUUAUUGUCUUUGUUAUCUGGUUUUCCUUUUCUUCUGAUUAUGAACGACCAACAACAACACUUUCAUUGGGAUAAUGUUUAUCAAGCACCAACAAAUAAACGAUCCUGUUUUACUAAGAGAAGAAAAUCAUAUUUGGCAAUUUCAAUGUAUUUCUAUAACAAAUUAGAUACAAUCAUCAACGAUGAUGAGAUUUUUCAGUGGCUCUGACACAACAACGAUAUUCGACUCUACCUACCUCCGGUGAGAGUGACGACUCCGGUGGUGAUGCUUCAUAGCGGCUGUAGCGAAGCUUCUUAUGGACGUGGCACGAGAGCAACUGGUUUUGUGGUGAAUAACAAACGCGAUCACUCGGGACUGUUCUUGUCUCCUUACUUUAGCAGCUAGGUUAGAACGAAGAUGAAGAUGUUUACGAUUGAUCUCCACCAAAUCCAAUUUCUUUUAUUUUCACUUUAAGUCAUUGAUGUUUAGUUAUGUUUUUAAUUUGACCAUAAAUUAUUGAAUAUAUAGAUUUGUCUUCUUUAAUUGACUCCAAACUUCUAAAUAUGCUUUUUUAACCCUUGUUGUAUGCAAUAAUAAUGAUUAGUGUGUGUUUUCAUGUUAGCUUGGACUAAUUAUUGGUUAUUAUUA